AUGGCGCGCGGUCCGACUGUGAAAAGGAGGCGCCUGAGCCCUCCAGUCGAUGGAGGCAAGUCUUCAAAAUCCAAGGCCAACGCCAAGGCCCACAGCGAUUCCGAGGACGAGUGGGAUGUUGAGCAGGAUUACGAACGUCGCCCGCGCAAGUCGGAGAAGAAAAAGACUGAGAACAACCGAUUGCCCAUUAAGACCUCCGAGGGUUUCGUUCACGAGUUGGAAACACAAACUCCAGCUGCCGAUGCCGACGCCGACGCCGCUGAAGAAACCGACAGCUUCUUGGGGACCGACGAUGAGGGCGAUGAUGUUUCCGAGAGCGAGGAGGAGGUCGAGGAAGAGAAGCCCAAGAUCCCGAUAAAGGUCCAGAUCAUGCAAGCCAAGGAAGAACUCGCCCGCAUGGCCACUUUGAUCAACGAAGAUCCCGAAGAACAUACAGCUCUGUUCAAGACAAUGGCCGACAUGGCCGCGAGGCCCGAUGCGCCAAUCACGGUCAAGAAGUUGGCCCUCGCAUCACAGGCUGCCAUCUACAAGGAUGUGAUUCCUGGUUACCGAAUCCGUCCCAUCACUGAGGAGGAAAUGGGCGGUAAGGUUUCCAAGGAAGUGCGCAAGCUCCGAGAUUUCGAGCAGGCUCUCGUGGCUGGAUACCGGAAUUACGUGCAAACACUGGGUGCCCUGACCAAGCCGGGCAAGAAUGUUCACGUCGAUCCGAGUUUGAAAAGCCUCGCCAUCAACUGUACUUGCACUAUGCUCGAGUCGGUGCCCCACUUCAACUUCCGCAACGAAUUGCUCAAGAUUCUUGUGAACAAACUUGCUAGGAAACAGAUCGAUGCGGACUUUGUCAAGUGCCGCGAGAGCUUGGAGAGCAUUUUCAGAAAGGACGAGGACGGCUUGGUCUCCUUGGAAGCUGUCAAGUUAUUGUCAAAGAUGAUGAAGGCUAGAGAUUUCCAGAUCAACGAGACUGUUUUGGAUACCUUCCUCAGCCUACGUCUGCUGGGAGAAUUCUCACAAAAGGCCUCGCGUGAUCGUGUGGACAGACGAGAGCAAGAAGCCCCCAUUGGCAAGAAGAAGCAAGUGCGGGAAUUCCGUACCAAGAAGCUGCGCAAGACGAUGAAGGAGCAAAAGAUUGUCGAGAAGGAUAUGAAGCAAGCCGACGCACUUGUCUCCCACGAAGACAGAGACAAGAACCAGGCGGAGACCCUCAAGCUUGUCUUUGGUAUCUACUUCCGUAUUCUGAAGCAACGAAUUCCCAAACUCAUGGGCCCUGUCCUUGAGGGUCUGGCCAAGUACGCCCACCUUAUCAACCAGGACUUCUUCGGAGACCUCUUGGAGGCAAUGAAGGACCUCAUCGCCCAUGCCGAGCGCGACGAAAAGGCCGAAGAAGGAGAUGAGAACGAGGAGGUCGAAGAAGAGACCGAAGCCCAGGGCGCCCGACCCCGCGAUACCCGCCGUGAAGCCCUGCUAUGCACGAUCACUGCAUUUGCCCUACUGGAAGGCCAAGACGCCAGCAAGGCCGCUUCAACCCUCCACCUUGACCUUGGCUUCUUCGUCCAACACCUCUACCGUUCUCUCUACUCCCUCUCCACAAACUCCGAAGUCGAGUUCAACCCCAACACCUCGCUGCGCCUGGCCGACCCUAAUAAUGCCGACGAUGAGAGUCAACUCACUCAGGCCCGCUCAAGAAACAAGGUCAACUUCCAGACUCCGAUGGUCCUACUCCUCCGCUGCCUCCAUUUCACCUUGAUCUCCCGUGCCCACGGCAUGCCCCCGCCUGUCAGACUAGCCACUUUCUCCAAGCGUCUCAUGACUACUGCGCUUCAACUGCCCGAGAAAUCCGCCAUGGCCACCCUGGCCCUGAUGAACCAGGUCGCAAAGCACAACGCCCGUCGCAUUUCUUCGCUGUGGCAUUCCGAUGAGCGCAAGGGCGAUGGUGUUUUCAAUCCCUACGCAACUGAUGUCGAGGCUACGAAUGUAUAUGCCGGCUCCGUGUGGGAGGGCGAAUUGCUGCGCCAGCAUUAUUGUCCGCAAGUCCGAGAGGCAGCUAUUGAUAUCGAAAAGAUGCUCGCCUCUUCGAAGUAA